UAUUUAGUUUUUACAUACACAACAAUAACUAAAAUGAGAUAUGAUAUGUGGUGAAUCGGCGUAAGUGUUUAAAUUAGUUGAAAUAUUUUAAAACCCAAUUCACCCCUCUCUUGGGAUCACACUAACUCCAACAUAUAUCUAUUUCAUUUUUUAACACAUAUAUCUAACCCUAAGACUCUAUAUUGUGUGGUUAAGUUUUCACCUGGGAUAACUUUACAAUCCUUGCAUGAUAAACAAUUUACCCUCCUAGUUAUGAAAAAAAUUAUUUGAAUUUUAUUUUUGCCUCUUUUUAAGAUUAUCAAGUGUUCUUCUCUCUUCUUAAAACAAGUAUUUCAUUGUAAUAAAAUCAUAUGACAUAGGAAAGUCUAAGAUCAUCUCCCCAUACUCCAUAACCAUAUCCCUCAUGUAUCCUCUCAUAACAUUCAUUAUUCCUUCCAAUGUGUUCAUUCAGAUCUACUCCUAUGAAUAUUUUCUUAUCCUUGAUAUGUCUUGUAUAAUACUAUCUAUAUUUUCCAAAAAUUGUCUCUAAAGAUUUUGUUUCUAAGCCUACUUGAAAAGCAUAAGCACUAAUGAUAUUUAUUAUCUCUUGGCCUAUGAUCAUCUUGAUUUUUAUAAUUUUAUCCCCUACUCUAUUUAUAUCUAUAACGCUAUCUUUUAAGUUUUUUUCCUAGAUAUGGAGUAUGAUAUUAAAAAACCCCUUCCACCUAUCUUCUUUUACGUAAUGUGAAAGCAAAUACCAACUAAUAUUUCCUUUUCCUCAUUUUCUUAAGUAAUUAAUUUCUAAAUCUAUGCAAUUAAUAGCACAAUCUUUAAGUUAUGUGAAAAAAACCAUAAUUAAUGCAACAUUUAUUAUGUGUGCACAUGUGUGUAUAUAUAUGGAGCUGUGUUCAUGGGAAGGCAUCUCAAAAUCCCAAAAGCCAAAACUCCUCUAUAACUUGACCCAAAGUAUCCAAGGAGAGUCAUGGCCAAUGGCAAUGUUGUAUCAUUUUGCAUCCUCUCCUUCUUCUUUCUUUGUAUUGGAGGGAUGACAAGUGUAGCGGCGACAACAUGGUGUGUGGCUACUGUCACAGGGACAGAUGCUUUGUUUCAACAAGCCAUAAAGAUUUCUUGCGGAGCCCCUAGGGUGAAUUGUGCACCAAUAUCACCUGGUGGCAUAUGUUUUGAACCCAAUAAAUUGGCUAAUCAUGCAACCGUGGCCCUUAAUCUCAACUAUUUAGCCAAUAAUGUUUGCCCUCGUCCAUUUGGCAUAACUGCAGUAACCAAUCCUUCAUAUGGAAGAUGCAUUUUACAAGGAAAACCAUCUCCGUGACAGCAAUAUGGAAGAACAUCAUCACUUUCAAUUUCAAUAAAACAGGGAUGCCUGUUUCCUAUUAGUUGAAAAUAAUAUAUUAUGAUUGGAAUGAUGUAUCGCAUGGUCUUUGUGGAACCUUUUUUUUUUUAUAUUUUUAUGUGUUGACCCACAAGUGCGAGUUCUUAAUCACAAGACUUAUGAAAAUGGAAAAAACUUUACCUUGUUUACUA